AUGUCGAACAUGCAAGUACCAGCAAACAGCGUUUGGAGCUCCAUGAACUACACGCCUCCUCGUGGCUCUUGUAAUUUCAAGAACGGCAUGAUAUCCAACAAAUGUCCUUGUCUUCGUUUCAUGCUGCAUCCAGUCAAGUGUGACGGCUGCGGCCACCAUGCUUCCUACCACAACCUGGACAACCCAUCUGAGGACGCCAUCCUUGCCAAAUGGUCUGCUCAGGAGAAGGCAACGAUCAUCCAGCAACAGCCGUCCACCUCAUCACGAAACAAGCGCAAGCGGAUUACGUCUCAACCUUACGACGAUAGUCAGUCGACAAUCACUAUCACCGAUGACUCCACAGAAGCCAUCGAAGGCGCUCUUGACGCAUCAAGCAGAAAUAACAACAACACGGUCCACACAUUCUCAUCGAUCUUCAGCAACAGGAAUGGUAACCAGAGAUGA